AUGAUGAAUAGAAAAGGAGAAAAUGUUGAACCGGGAGAACUUGAAGAAGCUGCAAUGAGGAGUAGCAUAAUUCAACAAAUUGUUGUUGUUGGCCAGGAUAAGCGACGUCUAGGAGCUGUAAUAGUUCCUAAUAAAGAAGAAGUCUUGAUGGUAGCAAAGAAGUUAUCAAUUAUAAAUUCCGAUAGUUCAGAUAUUAGUGAGGAAAAGGUGAAGAGCCUGAUUUAUAAAGAAUUAAAGACCUGGACGUCUGAAUCUCCAUUUCAAAUUGGACCAAUCCUUCUUGUAAAUGAACCCUUCACG